CAGGAGGCAGAGAGCGCAGAGUCGGCAUUGAGGUGACAGACAGAGAAGGCGCGGGAAGAGGCUUUGUCCCCAGUGACUAGAGGCGGUGCUAUAGUCGGGCACAUCGCCGCUUGCGGGGCCGGUCUGGAGACGUUGGUGCCCGGUCCGUUCGGGACGCUCGGCUGUCCCCUCUCUGCCCCGGCUUGUGGCUCAGGCGGCGCCGAGGGACCCGCCUCAGGUUUCCAUGGCUGCAGAAGUGCUUUUGGAACCUAGUCAGGGAAGUGUGACCUUUGAGGAUGUGGCCCUGUAUUUCUCCUGGGAGGAAUGGGCUCUCCUUGAUGAGGCUCAGAGAUGCCUGUACCACGAUGUGAUGCUGGAGAAUUUUGCACUUACAUCUUCAUUGGGCUGUUGGCAUGGAGUAGAAGAUAAGGAAGCACCUUCUCAACAGAGCAUUUCUGUAGAUGGAGUGUCACAGAUCAGGAUUCUCAAGGCAGGUUCAUCUCCCCAGAAGGCCCAGCCCUUUGAGAUGUGUGGCCCAAUCUUGGGAGAUACUUUGCACUUGCCUGAGCACCAGGGAACACAUCUAGGGCAGAAACCAUACACGUGUGGGAAUCGAUUCUAUUUCUCUGCCAACCUUCAACAGUAUCAGGGGCAACACAUUGGAGAGAUACCCAACAGAAGUUCUGUAGACAGAGCCUUGUUUAUAAAGAGCCACACAACCCAUGUGUCAGGGAAAUCCUUUUCCUGUAGGGAGAUAGGGAAAGACUUCUUAGCCAGCACGAGAUUUUUCCAUCAACCAGUCACUCACACUGAAGAGAACCCAAACAACAAUAAUGAGUGCGAGGCUGUCUUUCACAGUGGAAAAAUGCACCACAACUGGGGAGAAGGCAGGAAAGCCUUUAGCUGCACAGACACACUUGUUGAGGACCAAGGAGUCCACACUAGAGAAGGGCUUUAUAAUUGCAGCAAAUGUGGAAAAGCGUGUACCCGAAGAUGGAACCUCAUUCAGCACCAGAAAGUCCACACUGGAGAAAGGCCUUAUAAAUGCCAUGAAUGUGGGAAAUCCUUUACCCAAAGCUACAGCCUCAAUAGCCAUAGGAAAGCUCACACUGGAGAAAAACUUUAUGGAUACAGGGAAUGUGGAAAAUCUUCUGGUCAAAGAUCCAACCUCAUUCAGCAUCAGAGAGGUCACCCUGGAGAACGGCUUCAUCAGUGUGAUGAAUGUGGAAAAUCCUUUAGCCGAAGCUCCACUCUCAUUCACCACAGGAGACUUCAUACUGGAGAAAGACCUUAUGAGUGCAGUAAAUGUGGGAAAUCCUUUAAGCAAAGCUCCAGCCUCAGUUCACAUCGGAAAGUCCACACAGGAGAAAGGCCUUAUGAGUGUCAGGAGUGUGGAAAAUCAUUUAGCUGCAAAUCUAACCUCAUUAUCCACCUGAGAGUUCACACUGGAGAAAAGCCUUAUGAGUGUCAGGAAUGUGGAAAAUCCUUUAGCUGCAAAUCUAACCUCAUUAACCACCUGAGAGUUCACACUGGAGAAAGGCCUUAUGAUUGUGGAGAGUGUGGAAAAUCCUUUAGUCAAAGAUCCAUCCUCAUUCAACAUCAGAGAAUUCAUACUGGAGAAAGGCCUUAUGAAUGCCAUGAAUGUGGGAAAUCUUUUAGCCGAAAGUUUAGUCUCGUUUACCACCAGAGAGUUCACACUGGAGAACGACCUCAUCAGUGAAGAGAAUGUAGGAAAUCUUUUAGCUGCAAAUCUAACCUCGUUGAACACCUGAGAAUUCACACUGGAGAAAGGCCUUGUGAGUGUGGGGACUGUGGAAAAUCCUUUAGCCAAAGUUCUAGCCUCAUUCAACAUUAGAGUUCACAGUGGAAGAUGUCUUACAAGUGCAGUGAAUGCAGGUAAUCUGUUAGCUGCUAAUCUGAUCUCAUUCAAUACCAGAGCCUUGGGGCUUCCCUGGUGGCGCAGUGGUUAAGAAUCUGCCUGCCAAUGUAGGGGACACGGGUUCGAGCUCUGGUCUGGGAAGAUCCCACAUGCCGCGGAGCAGCUAAGCCCGUGAGCCACAAUUACUGAACCUGCGCGUCUGGAGCCUGUGCUCCGCAACGGGAGAGGCCGCGAUAGUGAGAGGCCCGCGCACCGCGAUGAAGAGUGGCCCCCGCUCGCCACAGCUGGAGAAAGCCCUCGCACAGAAACGAAGACCCAACACAGCCAAAAAUAAAUAAAUUAAUUUUAAAAAAUACCAGAGCCUUCAGACUAGUGAAGAGCCGUAGAUAUGCUGGGAUGUACAGUUUACUUCUAGUAUAAUUACACUGGAGGAGAGAAGUUGUGAGGGAGCCAUCUGCCUGAAUUAAAGCCCAUAUAUCUGAAAGUCUGCAGUGGGGAGAUUUCCCUAAAGUUCCAGGUAUGUGAGAAUCUUUAAGGAACUGUGUUAUAAUUUCUUACCUGCCCAGGACCCUUGCCAGCUUUAUGUCAGUGCCAUCUAUGGCAGAAUUCAUUUCACCUCUAUCACCUGGGAAGUCCACAGUGUGCAAAAGUUACCUCCCAACAUACUCAGGGAAGCUGACCUCUGUCCCAUCCCCAUUUGCGGGGGAAGUGAUGAGUAGUCUUAGCUCUUAUGGGGUCCUCAUUCCCUUCUCAUUUCCAAAGUAGGGCGUGGACCCGACCUAGUCUGGGCCUAGUGGACCCUCUCUGAGUUCCAUUGCUGACUUGUCGGGAAGCACUGCAUUUUCAGGGACACGUUAGUUUCUGGUAACACUUCUCUUGGAUUUUCCCAGCCUCCGAGUCACGAAGCUGGGAACGGCAUGCCUCCUAUUGCUCUGCAUUUUGUAAUA